CAAGACGACCAGCUCAAGACUCUCACUCUAGCAGGAUGCAGUUGUUGGUGUUGUCCUGUGUCGCGCUGCUGGCCCCCCUGGCGGCUGGAGCGCCGCCCUCAGACCGCAACCACGUGCCGCCCAUCGCGUGUGAAGACAUGGCGCCCAUCCACGGGGACAACCAGCCCAGCGAGGAGCCGGCGCCCUACACCAUCUCCGUGUCCACCACCGCGGUGACCGCGGGACAGACCGUCACAGUGCACUUCUCGGGCAACACGACGUUCCGGGGCGUGUACGUGCAGGCCCGCCAAGGGGACCAGCCGGUGGGGCAGUUCCUCGCCAGCGACGUGGCGGGAGUCGCUCUGGACGACUGCGCGCCCGGCACCAGCAAUGCCUUGGAAUACGUUUCGAGUGAAGACACUGAGGAACUGGAUGUCGAGUGGGUGGCGCCGGAUAUUAACGACGUCAUCGUUUUCAGGAUGCAGCUGUUGGUGUUGUUCUGUGUGGCGCUGCUGGCUUCCCUGGCGGCUGGAGCGCCGCCCUCAGACCGCAACCACGUGCCGCCCAUCGCGUGUGAAGACAUGGCGCCCAUCCACGGGGACAACCAGCCCAGCGAGGAGCCGGCGCCCUACACCAUCUCCGUGUCCACCACCGCCGUGACCGCGGGUCAGACCGUCACAGUGCACUUCUCGGGCAACACGACGUUCCGGGGCGUGUACGUGCAGGCCCGCCAAGGGGACCAGCCGGUGGGGCAGUUCCUCGCCAGCGACGUGGCCGGCGUCGCUCUGGACGACUGCGCGCCCGGCACCAGCAACGCCUUGGAAUACGUUUCGAGUGAAGACACCGAGGAACUGGAUGUCGAGUGGGUGGCGCCAGACAUUAACGACGUCAUCGUUUUCAGAGCGUCUUUCGUGAAGACCUUCCCUGAGUUCUGGGUCGGUGUCGAGUCAGAAACUGUCACGGUCGGGACCGUGCAGAAGGCUUUCCACAACAUUGCUGCAUGAAGAUCGGAAAUGUAUUGUGACAGUGACGAGAAUGUCGCGUAAACACAUUCUUUCCAAGGCAACACAUUAAAAAUUAAAUAACAAUAUGAUUGUUAGUGUUGGUAAUAAUAAGCUAAUGCAGUACGUAAUUGGAAUAUUUAGAUUAAAGUCAUGAAAACACUCUAUGUCCUAAGCUUAAAGAAGUUCAAAGAUAACACUGAGACAGAACAGGAAAACUUCUUGCCUCUCACACAUGGAAAGUACAAGGGUGGUCAGACAGCUUGCUUUGUGUUCCGGAGAACUUAAUCUGAAGACGAGGAUAUGAGAGCGACGUCUGCCUCACAUCCUGUC